GUCGAUUAAAUGCGUCGUGCCGCCUUUGGGACGGGUGAAUACGGUCUGCCCUGUGUCAUGAACAAAACGCGUACUUGAUGUCUCCAUCAAGCAUGCAACGUUCACCCGCCAUGAGGCGUGGGCUGCCGAACGCACACCUUCCUACCUAGCUUGCCUCAUGACUCAUCCACCCACACAUGGAAGAAGACCUAGACCUGACAACCUGCACGCGAGCAACAAAAUGAACCGAGACCAGUAACCAUUGAAGCACACAGACACAGACAGACAGACAGGCAGGCAGACACGGAGGGACGGCCAUACAUCCAUGCAGAUAACCUUCAUCUCACACAGAGCCAAUGCAGACAACACAGCGCAGUAUUUGCACCACAUCCACCCUCCCUGCUAUCAAAUAGCGAGAGAGUUGUUGGGCAUGUGGGGGAUGACCUGUUCGUCCCCCUCGCCCCACUCCGCCACACUACCGAUGUCGAACUUCGCGACGCCCUCUUCUGAGUGGAGACCCAAGUACUGCUCGACGGGCGGGAAGCCGUAUGAGGUGGCAUUCAUCCGGUCGAAGGCAAUGAAGUAAAACACGGGGAUCUGCCGACCUGAUACACAGACGGAGACACGCAUCCUUGGCUGCAUAGAUGUGCCACCCAUCUGUGUCUGUGUCCGUGUGUGUGUACCUGGGUAUUUGGGUGUGCCGAUGUCCAUCAGGACCCGUUUCUUGACCGAUGCGUAGUGUAUGUGUGCCGUUGUCUUGUUGACAUACACCGGGUUGUCGCCAUCGGACGGCCAUGACGUCUCGCCAAUGACGAGUGGCAGGUCCCCAAACCCCGCCUUGUCGAGCGCCGUCACCACAGCGUCAUACUGUGCGUCCCAGAUGAAGGUGUAGUUGCGCCCGUCCACCUCAAUCGGGGGGUCGCGAUAGCCCAGCGCGUAAGGCAGGCCGACCUCCACAGGGGCGCCAGAGAAGGCGAACCAGGGGAAUAUAUUCACCAUGACGGGUGAGGAUGAGGCGCGCAGGUCGGUGAGGAAGGGCUCGAGCAGCUCCAAGUAGGAUGGCACCAUCUCGGCUGCGUCGAUCGAGGGAAAGGUGUUCUGAAAUCAGAGAAGCAAACAGGGUGUGAAGGUGCAGGAAUGGCAGUCGCGGGUGCGUGUGUCGUCUUGCCUGAAUGACACUAUUGGCCAGCACUGUGGUGAGAUGGGCAUCCAGCUGCGCCUGUGAUGCAGCCUCCUUGAAGACCCCGUAUGCGGGCAAGAACUCGUCCUUGGCCGCCUCGGGAAACAGGAACGGCUCGUUGCCGAGAAUCACCACAUCCACUAUGUCGUCAUGCUCCUGCACAUACCAACAGCAGGUGAUAUAAUCAGCCUGUCGUGCUGCAGCUGGUAGCUGCUGACCUAUCUGUCUUCUCACCUUGAUGAGCGCAAUGAUGUCAUGGGCGUACGACGAGUUGUCGCGUAUGUGCUUCAGGAAGCCGUUGGGCAGCUGCAGCCACACGUGCGCCGCGUCAUCAGCAUCGCGGAAGACCUCACUGACGCGUGUCAGCACGAGGUCGCCCGCAUCCAGGGGGGAAAAGAAGCUCUCGUCAAGCCCCAGCUUCUCCUCAAACACUUUCAGGUGUCGAAAACCCUCCUCCUUGACGACGGUUAGCGCCAUGCUCGUUGUGAGACACGCCGGUGCAUCAUCUGUCGCGAGGCGUGCGAGGAAGCCAUCUCUUGUCUGCUCGUCAGGAGUCUGUGUGAUGUUCUGCGUGCAGCCCUCUCCGAUGCUCUUGGCCAUCAGGUCGCCAUAGUUGAUGCCCAGGAAAGGGGAGCUGACAUCCACAGGAACCGACAAGGAGGGCAGGACAAAGACGCCCAGCGAGAGCAUCCAUCCGUGCGAUGCCGUCAUCGUCAUGCCGACGUUGAGCCUCACGAAACGGCCGUCCCAUGGAAAUAAUAGUACAUUCCAGCUCCUCGCACAUGGCCCCCAGCAAUUGCUCUCCAGUGCAGAUUGAGUGGCGCUGACACAGUCGACUCGAGAUACUGGACGUACGCUGGAUUGCUGCG